GGUCUCACACACACUGUUACUGCAACGAGCCCCACUUUCUCUCUCACCUCACUGGCCCCCUUAAAAAAAAAAAAGAGAGCAUUUUUCUCUCUCAAAAACCCUUCUCCAACCUCCUCGCCCCCCUCCUCUCACGCCCAUGAUUACAGAUCAGGACGCACCAACCAUUUGAGCUUUUUCUGGCCUUCCUCACGCAUCAAGCUGAGGUCUUCCGCAGUUUCUUCGGCUUGAUAUUUACGUCCUUGAGUUCCAAUGGCCACUGUGGGUUCUUCUUCCUCGUCAAAGGUCUGCUACAAUUCCGAGUGUAAAGAAUUGAAGUCAGACAGACCUAAGAAGGGUUGGAGACUCCGUACUGGAGACUUCGCUGAGCUCUGUGAUCGAUGCGGUUCUGCUUUUGAGGAAGGAAGGUUCUGUGACAUUUAUCAUUCAAAAGCUUCUGGUUGGAGGACUUGUGAGACAUGUGGGAAGGGGAUUCACUGUGGGUGUAUCGUUUCAAGUACAGCCUUUAUGAUGUUGGAUCCUGGAGGCAUUGAAUGCAUUGCAUGUGCCAGGAAGAGUAUUAUUUUGCCACCUAGUCUACCUUGGUCACCACCUUUUUCUCUUCAAAGUCGUUUUAGAGACCUGUCUUCAAAAAAUUGGAGUCAGUUAGCUGGAUCUGGUCCUGUACCAUGGAAGCAAGCUCCCAGUUUGUUCAAUACAAAUUCUUCAUCUGACCGGCACCCGGAUAUGCCAUCUGUAGUUGAAAUAUCUAGUGUUGACAAUAUUUAUGGAAAUGAGAGGAUAUCUGCCUCAUCUCUGGAAAAGAAAAGUGACGAUCUUUCUGGAAUACCAGCUAAUUGGAAUGUAAAGAUUGGCACACGGGAAAUGAUGUUUAUAAAUGGAAUGCGGAAUGAUGAAAAGUCUAGUUCAUGCUUGAAUAUGUGCCAGCAAACUUCUCUGAAGGAGGAUUCAUCAACCCAACCAUUUGGUCUGACUGUACCUUAUGCACAUCAAAAUGAAAGAAAUGGUCAAAUUGGGGUAACUGGAAGUCAUCCACAACAAACUCCUCCACCUCCCCAUGGAAAGCAAUUUAGUGGCCCUGUACACGUUGCACUUGAUUCAUCAGGUGAAUCACAGGCACGAAAUGGACGGCCCAGAGGAGACGCCCGAGGAAGGAACCAGCUAUUGCCCCGGUACUGGCCCCGGUGCACUGAUCAGGAGCUACACCAGAUAUCUCUCGACUCUAAUUCUGUUAUAACUCCAUUGUUCCAAAAAACGUUGAGUGCUAGUGAUGCUGGGCGAAUUGGGCGUCUAGUGCUACCAAAAAAAUGUGCUGAGGCCUACUUUCCACAAAUUUCUCAGCCUGAAGGGUUGCCACUUAAAAUCCUUGAUGCAAAAGGCAAGGAAUGGAUAUUUCAAUUUCGCUUUUGGCCCAACAAUAACAGUAGAAUGUAUGUUUUAGAAGGCGUAACUCCAUGCAUACAGUCCAUGCAAUUGCAAGCUGGUGACACAGUAACAUUUAGUCGGUUGGAGCCAGAGGGGAGGUUGGUCAUGGGAUUUCGAAAGGCUUCAAGUGCUACCCAAUCUGAUCAGGACAACGAAACAACCAAGACUGGAAAUGGAUAUUCUACACACGGUGAUGUUGAAUUGGAUCCUAGUUCAUGGUCCAAAGUUGACAAAUCAGGAUAUAUAGCAAAAGAAGCACUGGGGAGCAAAUCUUCCAUUUCUAGGAAGAGAAAGAGUAACGCUUUGGGGUCAAAGAGUAAGCGACUAAGAAUUGAAAAUGAGGAUCUAAUAGAGUUGAACAUUACAUGGGAAGAAGCUCAAGGCCUGCUCCGUCCCCCUCCUAACCAUGUUCCCAGCAUUGUAGUGAUUGAAGGUUUUGAAUUUGAGGAGUAUGAGGACGCUCCAGUGCUAGGGAAACCAACAAUUUUCACUACCGACAGUGUUGGUGAAAAGAUCCAGUGGGCUCAAUGUGAAGAUUGUCAAAAAUGGCGCAAAUUGCCAGCUAAUGCUCUUCUAACAUCAAGAUGGACAUGUUCAGAUAAUCUAUGGGACCCAGAAAGAUCAUGCUCAGCUGCACAGGAGUUGACAGCAGAACAGCUUGAAGAUUUGCUUCCCCCUUGUAACUCAGUUGUAUCCAAGAAAAUGAAGACAGCCAAGCAGGAUCCUGAUAACGUUGACGCUUUGGAAGGACUUGACACCCUUGCUAACCUAGCUAUCUUGGGAGAGGGGGAGGCUCUCCCAGCAUCUUCCCAAGCCACAACAAAACACCCCCGGCAUAGACCUGGCUGUUCUUGCAUUGUUUGCAUUCAGCCUCCUAGUGGGAAGGGGCCCAAGCAUAAGCAGACUUGCACAUGUAAUGUUUGCUUAACAGUGAAGCGCCGUUUCCGUACCUUGAUGUUACGGCGUGAGAAGAAACAAUCAGAGAGAGAAGCGGAGACAACACGUAAAAAGCAGCAGCCCCAGCCACCUCAGCCACCACCACCUAUGUCGGACAUAUUGCUUGAUGAUGAUUCACUGCCUUGCAGUAACACAGGAGAUAGCAGUAGUCCUAAUCAGAACAGGGAAGGCAAUGAAGGUUCUGAUGAUGACCCUAACAAGACAAAGUCAUCCGCCUCGCCGUUUAAAGGCCAGAUUGACCUCAAUAUUCAGCCAGAGCGCGAGGAAGAGCUGUCUCCCAGUUCAGAUUCUGGAAGUAUGAUUAAGUUGCUCCACAAUGCUAAUGAGAGGUAUCUGAGGCAGCAGAGUAUGGUGAACUCUUUUGCUGGAGAUACUUCAGGUGGACAGUCACAGCAAGCUGGAGAUGAUGCGAGGGAAGAGAAACUCUGCAAUGGUGUAGCCCUUGGCAGUAGUAAUCAUAAUGCUGACAAGGAACAUGCCCAAACAUUGUCUAUGAAUGUGUGAACAGCUUUGAGUGAGAUGAUCCUGCAAAGCUAUAUUGGAAGUGUGGAAAUUUUUUGCUGUACAUUUAUCCACUUCGGCUUCUUGCUUUUUUCAGGUCUGUACAGAAAGAGGGGUAGGGAAAAAAACGAGCAGGUGGAAAAACCAACAAUUUGUUCUAGUAAUAUAAGUGGACAGCAUAGCGGCUUGUGUAGGAAAAACUACUGAAAUUGCAGGUGAAUGAGGUAGCAGGUUGAAGCUAUUUUCAUUUCAGAGUUCACCUUGCCACCAUCAUCCAACAACGAAAAUGUAACUAAGCUUAAUUUGUUCUCCCAUUCUUAUCUUUAAGAAAAGUGUCUGAUGAAUUUAGUUUACUUUUGCUGCUUUGCUUCGCUUAAUUGGAAGCAAUAUGAUGUAUGCUCAGAAAGUUCUAAUGUGAUCUUGUGGAAAGCUUAAUUUACUAUGCCGAAUAACGGCAAUUGUUAUUUCAAUCCAAAA